AUGAAGCCGGACAUUUUUAUCAAUAUCACGGCCACAUUGCAAAGCGUCUUCAAAUUUGGAGAAAACGAAUUUUACAAACUUGCAAAAGAUCACGACGAUCUUUAUCUUUAUGGAAAAAAUGCUUUUGUAUCUUUCGAAAAUCUACAACCAAGGCUCCAUGAAGUCAAUUUCCCUGGCUCAUCCCUCGCCGAAAACAGCUGUCUUCGAGCAAAGCUCCAAGCCUGUUCCAACUACAUUCAUCACAUAUCUACCGUCGGCUCUGACCAACUCAUCUGCGGCUCGUACUACGCCCAGCCGAAGUGCGAGUACAGAAACACUUAUUUCGAAGCUCAUAAUUUCAUCUCCGACGGAUCAGGCGCUACGAACGGAUUUGUGAAAACGCUUGGUCGCGAUUCAACCGUUGCCGAGGUGUCACGUGGCCAUCACUCUGGACUCUUCGAGCUCGUCAAUACAGGCGAUAAGCCGUACUCGAUUUCUGAUAAGCCUUUGGAUGAAAUUUUCCCAGCACAGGUGCAGCUCUACGCCGCUGCUAACGAACAGGAAGUGACCUAUUUGCUGGGCACUGAGAAUCCCUUGGGAGCCCCAUUCAUCGCCAAACUUUGCGUAAACAACGACAAACUUCAAGGCCCUGUGAUCGAAAGUCCUACAAGCUGGUCGAGUGUCGUCCGCGCAAAUUUGCGGUGCUGCGAUAAAGAGCGAAACUGCCGAUUUUCGAAGCCCAUUCAAGCGAGCACGCUCCGUUUGAAUAAUGAAGAAGAGCUGCUUUUGGUGCUCCUUCAAAGUCAAGAGUACGAUGAGUCCGCUCUUUGCAUGUUUCGAACGAGCGAGCUUUCCAAGUUCUUUGGCUCUUCCUGCUCUUCUAGCAGACCUGCGAUGGACUACACCUCAGAAGCGCUUUUGACGACAAAAGCCCAAUCAUUCGACGCAGACGUCAAAAAAGACGCACUCCGCGUUGCCCUGAUGGAGACAAAUGAACAGUUUUCGGUGUCAAAAUUGACUGUAAAACUGCAGCCCGCAAAUAGCCCAAUCGUCAGUCCAAAUUUCCGCGUCCAACUUUCCCAGGGUCUUCAAAAAAUCCAUCAACUCAAAGUGACACAGAACAGCUUGAUCCUCCGCGGGGAGGAAGAAUUGUUGAAGAUGGAUUUCCGAUCGUGCGAAGUGUAUAAAACGUGUGGAACAUGUGUAGCUAUUGGUGAUGUUGACUGCGGCUGGGACGCGGCUGUGGGACGAUGUACCCCUGGAGGGUCGAGUGACACUUGUGACAUUCGUCUUGUUCCAGUCCAACCGAAGAACGACUUUUCGGCCGACACCUUGGAAAGCAUCAGGAUCAACACAUCGGAAAUUGAGAUUUUCGACGAGUUCAAAGUUAUCCGCGCUGAUGGGGAAAAGGUCGACCCCAGUCUUUUCCCAGGACAACAUCACAAAGAUCGAAGUCUUCUUAUUCUCAACGUUCUUGACCGACCAGAUGCAGGAGAAUAUGUCGUCGAGUUCUCAUUCCGUCGUUUUGUCGUUUUUCAAUCGUCGUUUUUCAUCACAUCAAAUGAUAAUGGAUUGAAAGAUGAUAAACCAGAUGAUUCGCUCCCAACACAAGCAAACGCAGGAUCUCCACUAUCGAUCAUCAUCGGUGUCCUCAUCCCCUUCCUAAUCGCUAUCCCGAUCUGUUGCUGCUGUCUUCGUCGAAGAAUGCAGCGAGAAAUGGCCAAAAAUCUUGAGCUUGCCAAGAGCUCCCAGCAACGCUUACCACCAGCUGGGCAGAGCAACUCUGGUUCUGAAUUCGAAAUCGCCUUGUUGAAAAAAUCGGAUUCCGUCGCAAGCAGCGCAAAGGAGGAUAAAUUCAUUCAGUCACGAGAUCAGAUUGAUGGACAAUCAGAAAAUCGCUCAGACAGGGAUAACAGUGAGGCUUUCAUGUCUUGCAGCAGUCGACCAGAAAGUGUGCAGUCGGACGAUAGGAGUGCGGCGAUGGUGAUUUUCCCCGACGGAACGAUCAAGAAAAUUGCGGCAGAGAAGGUGCAGAAAAUGUCAAAUCACAUGGCCGAUGUGACACUUGAUUUUGCUGAGAAUGAACGAUUCAUCCACGGGACUCUUCGAAAGUCGCAAAAGAAGAAAAAUGGCCAAAAACCUGACAGUCGCAAUCGCAAAUUCGAAAAAAUCGGAAAAGAGGAUCAGCAAAAUAUGUCAGAGGAACUGACUAGCUACGGUGUUUCCGCCAUCGUAAUUUUUUUCAUCGGCACUUUUGUUGGUCUCAUUGCUGCUUAUUACACGCAGCUCAAAGUAGGAAGAAUUGGUGGAUUACCGUGCUUCACGCCAAUUGUAAGCCAAAUGUCUGGUGUGUCGAACAAUGCUUAUAGAAAUCCUUGA